AUUUGAUAUAAACUAAAUUGUAAAUUAAAUGUAAAUUGAGUUUUUUUGGGGGUUGUUGUUUUUUUUUUGCCAUGUGAAGCACUUUGGGCUGCGUGUCUGUAUGAAAGCUGCAGUAUAAAUAAAGUUUUUUUGUUUGCGUGUGUGUGUGUUUAGGAUGCUUCAGGAGAGCCGAUGGUCAGCCCGUGUCCUGGCAGUGAUGACAUCAUCCAGGGUUACCUCUUCAAACGCUCCCGGAGGAAAUCAAAGACCUGGAAGAGAUGCUGGUUUUUCAUCAGAGACAAUCAACUCAUUUACAGGAAGUCACACAAGGAGGACGCCGUGGUUUUGUUCGAGGACCUCAGACUGUGUGCCGUCAAAUCUCUGGAGCACAUCGAGCGACGUUUCUGCUUCGAGCUGCUCUCUGUUCAGAAGUGCUGCGCUCUGCAGGCGGACUCGGAGCAGCUGAAGCAGGCCUGGCUCAGCGCUCUGCAGGGCAGCAUCGACCUCGCCUACAGAGAGCGAGGCGACGCUCAGACCACACAGCCUAAGGAGCUCCCCCCUCUCCCUUGUGGCGGGGACUCCUCCCCGGGCCCCCCCGCUCAGAGGCUGCCGGCGCUGGGCGUGGCCCUCAGGGGCCCCGGAAACCAGCUGUGCUGCGACUGCGGGGAGGAGGAGCCUCGCUGGGCCUCCAUCAACCUGGGAGUCACCAUGUGCAUCGAGUGCUCCGGCAUACACAG